GGGUGAAUAGGGCAAAACCAAUUUUCAAAAAAAAAGGAGGUUAGUUUUGUGUUUGACUUUAAGUUAUAGGUCAAUUUUGCAAAAAUCCCAAAAAACUAUCCCAUCUUUUAUAAUAUACUUAUAGAUAUUUGGGGGUGGUGGUGAAUUAGUAAAAGAGGCAGCCAUAACAACAAGGCUAGGUCAGCGCGAGAGCAGUAAGGUGAUUCUCUCUGCCUUCUUCGACCGUUUCGAAUGGGGACAAAGAGGAACUUUAAGGCAAUCUCCGUUGCUGCCGCCUCCUCAGCGAUGAAUGGUUGCAAAAGCCGGAAGCUAACGGAGAAGAUCCUGAAGGAAGCGUAUGCGCAGCAAAAGGAAGUCGAGGAUGAAGAAAACGCCCCCAUGAGCGCCUUCUCCUUCAAGCAACCAUUGUAUGAGUUGGAAGAUGUUAUUGAUGAUGAUGUUGACGAGAUCCAGAGCCAACUUGAUUACCACGAGGAUAUGGAGAAAGAAGAGAAGUUAUUACUAGAUGCCUUCUUUAACAAGGAUGGGGCUUCAAUAGCUAAACGUCUCUCAGAUGCUAUUACUUGUUCCCUUGAAGAUAAACAGCAUGUUGCUGCUACAGGCUCAGCUUGUGUUUCAGAAACUGACUACUAUCCAAAGCUGGGAGAGUUUAUGAGUCUAUACACACACGGCAAAAUGCCGAAAGCUCUGAACCAUCUUACUAGACUGGAAAACUGGGAAAGUUUAUUGAAGUUGACUCAACCAGAGAGUUGGUCCCCAAAUGCAAUGUACAAGGCUACAAACAUGUUUGCCUCCAGCACCAAAGCUGAACGCUUCUAUGAACUUUUUCUUCUUCCUAGGGUCAGAGAGGAUAUCAGAAUCCACAAAAGGCUACAUUUUUGUCUCUACCAAUCUUUGAAAAAGUCACUCUUCAAGCCCAAAGGAUUCUACUGUGGGAUCAUACUUCCCCUCUGUAAGUCUGGAACAUGCACCAUCCCCGAAGCUGUAAUUAUAGGGAGUAUAAUACACAAGUUUUCUAUUCCUGAAAAGUUUUCAAGUGCCGCCUUGGUUUGUUUGGCGGAGAUGGAGUUUCUUGGCACAACAAGUUACUUCAUGAAAGCUAUCCUGGAGAAGAAAUAUGCGCUGGCUCAUCUGGCCAUUGAUGCGGUCGCUGCUCACUUCUUGAGAUUUCGUAAGGAGACUAAAGUUAUGCCGGUCAUUUGGCACCAAACUCUUCUCGCCUUUGUACAACGGUACAAGCAUGAACUAAGAAAGGAGGAUAAAAAGAGUCUCACAAGUCUACUUGAGAAGCAAAAUCACGAGCUAAUUACUCCUGAAAUUGUGAGAGAGCUUAUUAGUAGCAGAAACCGUGGAGAGAUGGAGGAUAAUUCACAUUCAGCUUCAACGAUCAAAGAAGACUGGUUUGACAUGCCACAAGUUCCAAUGGAAGAAGACUAGUAAAUUAGUAGUUGUGUUAUUAAUCUUGAGUGAACCUCUUUUGUUUUGUGUCUAAAUUACUAUUUAUGCUAUAAGACUUUUGCGGGAUUAUUGACGUUAUAUUUGUGUUUCGGUGAGAGUUGGUCUAGCUGAUUUUACAACGGGGGGUUAUUAAUGGUUUCUCAUUUUGUCACAAAUGUGUUCCAUUUAACCAUUUUGUUUAUUUGGAACGUCUAUGUGUUUUCACAGAACAUGUGCUAUAUGAACAUUUUUUCAAAUGUC